UGGAACAGAGUCUCUCAGUAGGAAGCAUUGUCAAACGGUCUGAGUGCUCGUGCAUAGUACUUAAGUGUUCUGCUAUGCCGGACUGUCACAAAUCACUGGGUAAGAAGGCCAUCCGAUGUGGACUACGUGGGCUACUGCGACAAAUCUCUCCAGAUUAUCAGGUCCUCUGUGAACGUGUCCAGGAGGACACAGAGAACAUCAGGGCCAUGGAUGAGGAGACGAGGAGAGGGUCAGAGAGACUUGUGAAGAUUGAAGAAGAGACUGAAGGAGAAAUGAAAGGAGAGAUUUCCGAGGGAAGCGAGGAAGCCUCCGUCGUCGCUGACUCUCUGGAGAGCUGCAGAGAGAACGGACCACCUGAGACGACACUUCACGUACUGAAGCGAGCGGCUAACAAGGUCCAGUUCUUAUCCUCUGCCGCCCGGACGGGCUCAUCCUCGCCGGAGCUGGGCGAGCUGUUUGUGGACGGCAUCCUCAACCAGCUGAGGGAGUCCUCUCCCUUUGAAAGCCAGCUCACGUCUGACUCGGACCAGACGGAGCCCGUCGUCUCCCAGCGUUCCCGCGGAUCAAAGACCAAAGGCCUGUCCGACUCGACGACGUCUCCCGAGCGGACUCGUCCGAUCGAGAUCCGCAAACCCACCGCAACCUCCGAGGGCGGCGCCGUCGGCUUUACCCGCCAAGAUGUGAAACGGGAGGCUACGGCGAUCAUCGAGGCCUUUCUGAAUGACAUCCAGGCCCUUUCUGAAACAGCAGGAGGGCCCGGCGCAAAGCCCCAGGCUCUGCUGUUCGCCUUCAGGCUGAUUGAUGAAUUACAAAGAAAGAUCAGUUGUUUCUAUGUCCAGUCGUCUCCAGAUGAGGCCACGUCAGAGGGGGAGGCGACCCCAGAACGGACGGACUCUUCUGCCUCUGUGGCCGCGAGGAGAGGAUCCAGCAGCCUAACUCAGGCCAAGAAGAAGAGUCCGAUUCUGGAGCGCAUUGAGGGUCAGAGGUCGACCCCUGUCAAAACCCAAAGGUCGAAGGCUUUUGAGUUUGAACAGGUCACGCUGCCCGGGACCCCGAUCGACGUCCAGGUCGUUUUCGACAGCUGUCCGAUCGUCAGACUCACGACUAUCGACACGGGGGACGACGACAACCUUCCGGAGGAGUCCGUCGACGGAAGCAGUGAGACCAUAAGUCGGGUCGUAGACUCGCUCCUGGGCAGCGUGAAGUCGGACCAUCGUCUGCUAGCGCCCUCAAAUCCCAGACUCGACCCAGCCAGGCUCCGGGACUUGUCCAGAAACCUGCUGGACCAGCUGAACGCCCUCCUGACCGCACACAACAAGCUGCUGCAGCUGCAAACCCAGGCUGGGGAGAGGAGGAGCUUCUCAGACACGGUGCUGAUUAAGCACCACGGUAACCGCGGCAACCCUCAGACGGAGACGGCCGUCCCCUCUGAGUUGGUGUACGGCUUCGCUGAGCGGUCAGUGAGACGCCUGCUCCUUCCCUUCCUGCAGGAGCCCGUCUGCAGCCUCACACCCUCCAGCUGCUCCUCCUCCCAGGAUUCCUCAGAGAUCUUCCAGCAGGCCGUGAGUCUCCUCUCCACGGUCAUGGUGAACCAGGUGAUUGAAAACCUGUCUGGGAGCUCCCAGUCCUCCACCACAGGUCUGGGAGUCCAGGAGUCUGAGUCCUCCACAGUGGGACAGGACCAGGAAGUGAGUGCUCUCCUUCAGGUGGACAAGAAGAAGAAGAAGCUGUCAUUUUUCAAAAAGCUGCGUUUCAGUUUCAAGAAAUCCAAGUCGAAGCCCAAGGCAGCCCAACCUGACGCACAGACAUCUUCACACCAGGACUUCAUCUGACCAGAUCUUGCUGCUGCUGAAGCAGCCUGUGAGAAGUCUGUCUUGGUAAAGACCAGAAAGCGUUCAACAGAUUUUCACUCCUCCUCUCCCGCACUGCUCCUCUCAGGGUGGUUAAAGGUGGCACC